UGUGGUGUGUGGAGCAUGGAGUGAGCACUGAACGCCGGGCCGGCAAGGAGCAUAGUUGUGCGCGGGACGAGAAUCGAUUUGUAAUUGCCAGUAUUAUUGAAUCAUGAACCGGCUUAUUCUGAUUAGUGCUGUGUGCAUGCAGUUUGGCUGGAUAUUUGGAGCACCAAACCCGGCAGGUGUCGGCGCUUACGCAUACCAAGACUCGGAUGGCAAUAGGAUCGAACUUACAUAUCCGGUAGAUCACCUUCAGCCGCUGCCACCGUUGAAACCGUUCCCACCGCUGAGACCUCUGUGGUUCCAUCCUUUGAACACAAUACAUCCACAUCCUCUAUUGCAACAUCUGCAACCACUGACUCCCCUACACUUACCACUGUUUCAUCCGCUGCAGUUAUUGGCAUUUGAUCCUCUGCAAUCAGUCGCAGAAUCUAGAACAGCUCUUCGACCCCUACCACCUCUUCCACCAUUACGACCUCUUCAACCACUACAGCCACUUUCGUCCCUACAUCCUCUCCCGCCCCUACAACCUCUGCAACCUCUACAACCUCUGCCACCACUACAACCUCUUCUAUCGCGGACACUACAGCCACUUCCACCCCUACAACCUCUUCCGCCUCUACGACCGCUGGAACCGCUACAACCUCUGCCACCGCUACAACCUCGUCUGGCGCGGACUCUACAGUCUCUUCCACCCCUACAACCUCUUCCACCCCUACAUCCUUUUCAACCUCUGCAACCUCUGCCACCGCUAAAACCUCUUCCACCGCUGCAACCUUUUCUGUCACGGACAAUCCUACAACCCCUUCCUCCCCUACAACCUCUUCCACCCCUACAACCUUUUCAACCUCUGCCACCACUGCAACCUCUUCCACCCUUACAACCUUUUCAACACCUAGAACCUCUUACACCACUUCAACCUCUUCUGUCGCGGACAAUCCUACAACCCCUUCCUCCCCUACAACCUCUUUCACCCCUACAUCCUUUUCAAUAUCUACAACCUCUUCCACCACUGCAACCUCUUUUAUCGCGGACUCCACAACAUCUACCAUCGUUGUUACCGUUUAAACCGCUGCAAUUUUCACUGUUCCAUCCCUGGGACUUAUUUUCAACAUUACAGUAUAGAACACAACCCUUAAGAUAUCUGACUCCACUCAAUUCGCUACUUCUAUCUCAGUUAUAUCGACCACUGCAAGGUCUUUAUCCCGUAUUUCCCCAUCUACCUCUGAGACCCCUACAACAAUUCCCAUUGUUGCCUUUUCAACUACAUCAAGCGUCACCGUUCAAUCUGUGGAGGGCAAUUUCACUGCAGCUGCCUUUACAGACACUGCUGUUUGCACUGAGGACAGAGUUCCCCUUCAACGGAGGGUGGGGUAAUUACGGGAUGCCCAACUUUGGAGCUCAGAACUUUGGGGCGUACGGCCACAACUCGGCGUAUGCAUCGGGGUCGGCCAUGCCGGGAUUCUCGCACCAAGUAGUGGCUAUUAAUCCAGCUAAUCCGGGCCAACCGAACGUGGACAUCAAGAACCGCUUCGGAGAAGAAGGCACCGGCACCGGCACCGGUGGCAACGGAGGCUACAUGAGCGUCUCCAGCUCCUCGUACGCCACGUCAUCCAACGUCAACGGACAGGAGAAGAACCACCGCGGGGCGGAGACCGUCGUCAAUAACAACGGUGUGGUCCAUCGUUAUAAGGUGGAGUCUUAAAUACUACCGCGGCGCGAUCCUCAAGAACUCUAGGGGCAUUGACGAAAUUGUCGGAUACGUGACGCUAUUAAAACACUUCACUUCUGACAAAGAAGCCGAUAUUUGAUAGUAUAGUUUUAUAACCUGCCAUUACAAUCAAUGCUAUUCAGAUAGUUGUCACUUGUCGUUGUGUGAAUCCAAGCAAUUUGACCCUCAACGCAGCUUUUUGGACUACGCUAAAUGUCUGAAGAUUCCUUCAUUUACAUCAUAUUUACCAAAAUCUGCACGGUAUUCAGUUACCGCUGGAUAGCGUCAUGUCAACGACAAAGAAGACUUUUGUGGAAUGCGCUCCGGACUACAAAAUUUUAACUGCGCGUUUUAGCGUCAAUAUUCAAACUAUUACAAUGAAAGGAGUUUGUGGAAAACUUUACUGAAAUAUGUCUCAAAAAAAUAAGCCGAAAACGUAAAAAAAAACAAAUUUAAGCUCUUUUAUUUCAAUCACAUGAAAAGUUCUCCUGUGGCGCAUCUUUAGCAAUCCUCCUAUAGUUUUCCUAGUGGAUGUUAUAUGUAUGUUGGUAAUAAUUAAGCCGAUUUAUCGCGUGCUUCUAAGUGACAUAUAUUUAAAGUUCUACUCAUUCUCCUAUGCAAUAAAUACUGUUACAAAGCUGGUUUGGUAUGCAUCCAUUCAUAAAUGAAUGUACGUGUAGGUGCAUACCAAACUUCUUUGCAGACUAAGAUGCCAUCCUUUUAACUAAGGGCACAUAUUAUUUAUUGUAAGGGAGGCACUAGCUUUAGUAUUAUCGUUGUUAGUAUACAUGUUGACCAAUGUAUUAACCUUUUUAUAGAAGCAUCUUUCUGGCGUUGAGUGAACGGAAAUAUGCUUCUUUCGAAGGUUUGUGAUACAUUAUGUUUUGAGUUAAGUAUGUUGUUAAUCAUUAAUUCCUAAGCAAUAAAUGUGCUGUGACUCUCUUUUACCUACCCUCUGGAUAAGGAAUUUAUAUACCUAAAGCGCUAGUUAUUUUAUUGCAAGUAUAUAAUACAUGUUAAUUAAGUUAUCCCA